AUGAAGGACGAGCUGUGGUUCACCGAUGGAACGCUCGUCAUCAAGGCGGGGGACUCGCUUUUCCGGGUUUAUGGCGGGCUUUUAGCGAAAGCCUCGCCCGUUUUCGAGAGUAUGCUGGAGUUUCCGCAGCCAGAAGGGGAUGAACUGGUGGAGGGGUGUCCUGUUGUGGAGCUGCAGGAUACGGCGGAGGAAACGAGGUGCUUCUUAAAGGCGCUGCUCGACUACCGUUUCUUUCUUCCUCCACCACAACGAACCCACUGGCGAACGUUAUGCGGAGUUUUGCGUCUCAGCAAAAAGUACGAUGUUGAGGAGCUCUCCAUGCGUGCUUUAGAGCACCUCGCCACAGCGUUCGUUAUGGAGCUUGACGAAUACCCGGGAAACCCCACUUUCGACAUCGACUGCAUGGGGCUGACCGCGCUCAUCACAUUGGGGCGCCAGCUCUCCAUUCACUGGUUCCUUCCCACCGCCUACUACCAACUCUGUUCGAUCGCGCAGGUUGCCGACAUUGUCUCUGGUGUGCAACAAGGCACCGAAUGCCUCGAACUCCCCAUGUCCGACAAAGUCAUAUGCGCGCGGGAGUACGUCAACAUGCGGUUAUCUGCUGGCUCCCAGAUCAGCGACUUCCUGUGGGAGCCUGCCAAAAUACCAGGCUGUCGCCAGCCCAGUCGGUGUGGGGAAAGCCGGACAUGUCUUCGUCGACAAGUGGAGAGUUGGCGCCUCAAAGGCACUUUCCCGCUGACGCUCUGGGAAUGCACGGACUGGAUCCGGCUGGCGGUUUGCGACACGUGUCUGGCGGCGUUAAAGCUCACUCAUGCUGAUGCUUUGCGCGACUUUUGGAGGGGGUUGCCGGAGCGGUUCGAGUUGGAGAGCUGGGGCGCGUUGAACAAACAGCGUUCUGCGGAUCUAGAAGGACUCGAUAACACCUUUGCGACCAAGAUCCGCCUGAUGGGAGAUUGA